UAACCGGAUGCAUUUAUUUAUUCUUUGCUUUGUAGUAGACUAGUUGCUUUUUAGAUAUUAGAAAAAUAUACAAAAAUGGCGUUUUACGGUAAAGUUUUCGCUGUUGAAAGCCAAGAGAAUUACGAUGAAUUCGUGAAAUCUAUGGGUCUUCCAGAGGAAAAGGCAAAAAGUCUAUUAGAGUACAAGCCAAGCCAGAAAAUUGAGAAGAACGGAGAUGAAUACACUUUUACUGUGUACACGAAGAAUGGAGACAAAGUGUACAAGGCCAAAUCUGGUGUAGAGUUCGCUGACACGUUUAGAGACCUACCUGUCAAAAUCACAUUCAACGUAGAUGGAAGUAAAGUGACGCAAAUAAUCAAAUUCGAUAUCGGUUUCACUCUUACCAUCAAGAAAGAAUACUCCGAUGACACACUUAACGAGGAAAUUUCCCAUAGCUUGUGGGAUGGUGUUGCCAAAAAGGUUUACAAGGCUCUAUAAACUAUGUAAAUUAAAUAAAGUUUGGUAAUUAUUACAAG